AUGAAGGCCACUUUCAUUACCAGCGCUCUCACCCUCGCCGCCUCCGCCGCUGCUGCCUCGGUCGGCUACGACCAAGGCUUCGACGAUGCCAGCCGAUCCAUGCUCGCGGUGAGCUGUUCCGACGGCUCCAACGGUCUCGCCAGCCGGUUCCCUACACAGGGCAACCUCCCGAAAUUCCCCUACAUCGGCGGCGUCCCCGCGAUCGGGGGAUGGAACUCUCCCAACUGCGGAUCCUGCUGGAAACUCACCUACCAGGGCAAGAGCAUCUACAUUCUCGGCAUCGAUCACUCCACGAGUUUCAACAUUGCGCUCCACGCAAUGAACGACCUCACCAACGGGAAUGCCGUUGGCCUCGGCAGGGUUGAGGCCAGCGCAGAGCAGGUUGACAAGUCCAACUGCGGACUUUGA